AUGAUGUCAAAGUUAGUCGACUUGUUGCUAAAAAUACAGUUGCUUUUAUUAUUGAUUUAUCAGCAGCAUUUUGUUACAUUAAUGUCAUUUCAGUUGAUAUGCCUAAACUAGUGAAAGUCACUGAACUUCUGGAAAAUAACUCUGAGCUGAUUAAAAUUUUGGUGAAAGUUGCCAGAACAAGUCAUGUGACCGAUAAAAUUGACGCUGAACAACUUUCAACUGUAAUCUUUGACAAGAUAGUUGAGUUCAAAAAUAAGUUAACAAUUGCUUUCAAGGAAGCUGGGAAAAAAUGGCGGGAUGUGAUGGACCAGAUUUGGACUUUUGGACCCAAGCACUGUGGUCCAAAUAUCCUUUUAAACACGAUACCAGAUUAUAAACGACCAUCAAUUUGGGAAUGUAUCAAUACUUCUAAGGAUAAAACAUCAUCUUCUUUAAAUGAUUAUGAUAACAGUGUUAUGAGUGGAUUUCAGUUAGCGACUUUAGCAGGUCCAAUGUGUGAGGAACCAAUGAUGGGGGUGUGCUUUGCUUUGGAAGAAUGGAAAAUCAAAUACUCAAAGUCAGAACAAAAAGGAAAUGAAAUUGCACCAGAUAGUGACUCUGGAGGGCAGCAUUCAUCUUGUACUGAAGAAAACGGUACACAAUCCAGGACAAGAAUGAACAUUGAAGGAACUGAUCGAUGGGGACCAUUCUCAGGACAGCUCAUUUCCACUGUCAAAGAGUCUUGUAGAGUUGCAUUUCAAGCCAAGCCACAGAGGUUAAAAGCAGCUAUGUACAAGUGUGAUAUACAGACUACUGCAGAUGUACUGGGUCGCAUGUAUGCAGUACUCGGUAAACGUAAUGGCCGAGUGUUUGAGGAGGAAAUGAAAGAAGGGUCAACAGAGUUUAUGGUUCGUGCAUUGUUACCAGUAGCGGAAAGUUUUGGAUUUGCUGAAGAGAUUAGAAAAAGGACAAGUGGUCAAGCUAGUCCCCAGCUGUUUUUUAGUCAUUGGGAGACAGAUGACGUUCCAAUCUUUCGAAAUGUUAUAGAUGUUUCCAUUAAAACGGAG